AUGGCCGGAUGGAGGACUGGAUGAUCCGGUUGGGGUCAGCGCUGAAAGCGCACCUGGGGCGGGUGAAUGUGCUGGUGUGUGACUGGCAACCAUUGGCCCAGCGCUUCUACCCAAUCGCAGCCCAGAACGCGCGGCAGGUGGGACAGGAGCUGGCACUGUAUCUGGACUGGCUGCAGAGAGUGGCUCGUAUACCGAUGCAACGAACACAUCUGAUUGGCUAUAGUCUGGGUGCUCACGUGGCCGGAUUUGCUGGACGGUUCUUCAGUGGUGCCAAGAGACUUGGACGCAUCACAGGUCUGGACCCGGCUGGGCCGAUGUUCGAGGGGAUGCCUGCAGCGGACAGGCUGUCUCCAGACGACGCCAUGUUUGUGGACGCCAUCCACACGUUUACCAAGAAGCACAUGGGGCUGAGUGUGGGCAUCAAGCAGGCGGUGGCCCAACAGGACUUCUAUCCCAACGGGGGAACCCUGCAGCCUGGCUGCCUGCUCAGCAAUGUGGGAGAACACAUCUCCCAGCAUGGGCUCAGAGGUGUGUCUCAGGCGAUCAAAUGUGCUCACGAGCGCUCAAUAGACUUAUUCAUCGACUCCCUACUGCAUCAGGACCAGCCAAUCACAGCCUUCCGUUGUCGUGACGACGACGCCUUCAGCCAGGGCCUGUGUUUGGACUGUAAGAAGGGCCGUUGCAACAUGCUGGGCUACGGAUCCAAAACCCUGGCUUACAAACCCAGCAGUUACGGAUCCAAUGUGCUGGCCUACGGAACCGACAAGCUAGGCUACGGAUCCAAAGAAGGCUCAGGUGGAGCCAGCAAGAAGUUCUACCUGAGAACCCGCUCUCAGAUGCCUUACCGAGUACAUCACUACCAGCUGAGGGUGCAGCUGCUUGAUCAGGAGCCCCAGUCGUGGGCCUCAGCAUCUGUCUCUCUCAUUGGGCAGCAGGGCGAGUCUGAGGAGAUGCCCCUCCAACUACCUGAGGAGCUGAGUGGCAAUGAGACGUUGAGUUUCCUGGUGACGCUGGAGAGGGACAUUGGGCAUCUCAAGGCGCUGAGGUUGCGGUGGGGACAGCAGGGUGUCCUCGCUGACAUGUGGCACAAGAUGCGGGCCAUCGUGCCCUGGGGCAGCGUGGAUGAAGGACCUGUUCUCAGUGUAGGGAAGGUGCGCAUCAAGACCGGAGAAACACAGCAGAAGAUGUGGUUCUGCUCUGCACAUGGACGGCUGACCCAGCUGCGGCUGUGGGAGGACUACAUGUUCCACAAGUGUCACUCCAGCCAGCAGAGGAGUCGGACUACUCUGGACACAGCAGCCAAUGGCAGGGCCAAACUUUGAGUUGAAGGAGAAGGACAUGGCAUGGAUGGAGAAGGAGGAGGAGGAGGAGGAGAAAGGGGACGUUCCAUUUUGCCCAUGACCUCCUUGCUUGAAAUAUUGUAAACACUAGGGGUGGGACUUAAAGUGAUAAGUUGAUUGAUUUCUUCAUAAUCAAGUAAUCAAAUAUCAACCCCAAAUAAUCACAGUGUCCAUUUAAAGUAAUGUGCAUUGCAAAUCUCACAAAACGACUCUGUAUACCACUGAAACACCAGAGCCAUUGUCAUCAAACUGCAAAGCAGUAGCUGCGAGCACUGUUGGUGAUAGCGAUCCCAGUGGUUCCAUUCACCUGAUUUUUUGUUCUCCAGAUAUCUUCGAGCUCCAGAAAAGCAGCUUGCACCCGAAACAAAAAUAUUUUGUGAAGAAGGCUUUGUGAUUAGUCCCACCCCUAGUAAACACGCGUGGCAAACACUGGGCUAUCUCCAUAACAACCUCUUCAGUAUUUUGUAAUAUUUAUUCCAAUGUGGUAACUGCUGUGGGGAUAACGUGUGCAUAUUGGGAUCUGGUUUAAGCAGUAGAGAUCAACGCUGGUUAAUCAGCAAUAGAGAUUAAUGUGGUUUACCCUCUUUGAGUCCCAUAUGCUGUAGUAGCACAUGCUUGUGUGUGUGGAAGUAAUUAA